CAGCGUGUUCUAAGCAAAAAGCAGAGCUGAGCUUAAGGAACCGCCCUAAAGCCGGCGUUGUAACGUGAUCUAACACGCGGCUGUGAAUCUCGUGUUUGCUCAUUCGCACUGCAGACUGUCGCGCAGGAUUUUCUGCUCUAAGUCAAGAGCCACGACUCUUGAAAUUACUCUUAGGCCCCAAGGGCAAAUAGUCACAUAUACAUCACCUACUGCCAAUAUUUAAUCCCGGUGCCAUUUCGGACUUUCAACAUGGGAAAGAAGCUCUCGACAUGGACGCUUCUAGCGGUCUUUUCUCUGCUGGUAGUGAAAGGAAUAAGUCAGGGUCUGGACUUGGCAGAUGCAAUUGACGAUGAUGAACCAACUCCCCCACCACCUAAAGUGGACCCAGCAGGUGGUGCAGGAGGAGCAGUGAAACCCAGUCUUAAACCUGUUAAGCCCACAGUCAAGGAAUCAGCAAAGCCUAAACAAACAGAAGAGACAUACACUGAUAUGUUUGACGCCACCAUUCGGCCAGACCUGUUGCCCCGAACACCCCCUAGUCCUCUCCGAACCUCUGUUCCCCCUCGGAAAGCCCAGUCUGGUCCUGAGGACUUUAAUCUUGAAGAUGCCCUGGACCCCGACAAUGACAUCAAAGGAAAGGGCAAAGGCUCUGGCAAAGGUGAUAAAGACCUUGGAGGAGGGGGCCGUGAUGGCGGCAAACCCAAUAGCGGUGGAACUGGUGGUAAUCAAUUCUCAGAUGACGACCUUGUGGAUGUGGGCAAUGACAACUCCUACAAACCCGACAAAGGCAAAGGUGGAAAAGGUGGAAGUAGUGCCGGAAGCAGUGGCGGCGAUUUGGAUCCUGCUGAUGACAAUAACUACGAUACCAUGGCUGAGACUGGAACCAUCGCUGGUAUUGUGAGCGCUGUUGCUAUGGCUUUGGUUGGUGCAGUGAGCAGUUACAUCUCCUACCAGAAGAAGAAGUUCUGCUUCAGCAUACAGCAGAGUCUAAAUGCAGAUAUGGUGAAAGCAGAUGCCCCAGAUGCUGUAGUUGCACAGGAGCCACAAGUUCAACAAACUCUUCUUCAGCCUCCCAACGCUGAGCCGCCGACAGAGGAAAAUGCGGUGUAAUCUGAAAUCCAUCACCCAAACUGAAGAGGGCGCAGUUCUAAAUCGUUGUUCUCCAAUUUGAAUGCCACUGUAUUUCCCAGCACAUUUGCACCAGAACGCCCUUUUUGAAGUACCAAUAUGACUGUUUAAAUCAACCUUAAACAUAGUAUAAUACUUUUUUUUAAAUUCUAUUUUAACUGUUCACAUGCAACAGUGUAGUAAGCCUGUUUGCAAUAAUAUUGCUAUGAAACGGAAAACACAUAACAACAAAUUUUAGCAUGAUCUGCCAAGACCCAAGAAAUCACCCUUGGGUCUUUUUACAGAGGCCCAUACAAAGAGUCCCACACAUACUGCGCUACAGUCUUUUUGUUUGUCAGUUUAGCUUAUCAUUCCUAUUGUGCACAAAUGCAUAUUAAUGAACAGUGAAAUGAGUGAUUAAUCCAAGGUUUACAAAAUCAGCUGAUUGGAUAAUCAUAUAAACACGCUUUUAAAGGUCAAGACUGUUUUCCUUACGAUUUCACGGCGAGACAGGCUUAACAGAUCAGUUGCUGUGAUAUCUGCAAUUGAAAAAAAAGAUGAAGGAUUUGUUAAGGUUAUUUUGUGUUAACAUGAUCUGUAUAUAUUUGCCUUGCUUUCACAGAGCAAUGUGAAAAGAUUGUUACACAUAUAUGCAGGUUUUUGUGUCUUAGCGAACUUUUUACUAGAGUGACUUUUUGAGGAAAAAAAAAAAACGACGAACAAAUGAAGUCAAAAACUAACCAACAGCUGCUUCCUUCUAAUUUGCUUUAAAAAAAAAAAAAAUGAAACGAUGACUAAAAUGGGUAUAACUGUGAAGAUGUGACGUGUGUUGAUGAAGAAGCCGUGUUGACUGCUUUUGUGCGUGUUAGUUUGGAUGUCAGUGGUUGCGAUUCCUUCUUUUAAGGAAUAGAUUGAUUCGGCGAGAUCAGGAUGAGUAGAUACAUUAGCGUGAAGUAACUCGUGGGUGAAAGUAACCGACGUUUUGUGUUGUCAUGUUAGCGCAAUACUUAAGCAGUGUAGUAGGUCUCGUAUCGCUAAUUCUGAUCCAUUGCCUUUUGUGGGGUUUUACGGGAUUAAUGUGCUUGUAUAUGGCAUACUGUUUCCAAGUUUGUACUCAAACCGUUGUAUUAGUGUAUCUCUAUUUACACUUGUAGCAGUAAAUGUACAUAAAUGUUUGUGCCCCCCCACUCUUUUUUGGAUUACGGGGAGUAGUUUUUCGCCCUAGCUUAGUGUUUGUAUCGUUUGUAGCAUGUUUGAGCUUUAGCUUCGAGACUUUUUAGAGACCUGUUACGCACCCUCGCUAGUUUUGCUAUUGCCUUAACGAGUCCCUAGCUGCUUUCCCGUUUUGCUAAUAUUCCCACUUCAUUCGGCGUUUGUGCCACAGAGCUUGACCAGACCCUUCUGAUUUGGAAGGUCACCAUCCAGAAGUAGCAAACAGAGUUAGCAAAACCGGAUUAAAAAGCGGCUCAGCCCUUACCAUCCUCUCCCUCACUUGAGAUGCUCCAGAUUUUCCUGUAGCUGUUGUUUUUCACUGUGAAUUCAGGUGCACCUUUGUUACCCCCAACCCAAGCCCUCGCCAAUGGUGCUUUCCUUCCCAAUGCCUUACCACGCUAACAUUAGGGAAGACACACUAGCUUACUAACACAGCACUAACCGUCACGACCGUUAGAAGGGCUGCCUCACUUGAAUGUCUACAAACAAGACGUACUAGGUUGCGUACGUUGUUCCAGUUUGAAGGUGUGGUCACGUUGUCUGAAAUUUCGCGGGCAAAAAUGCUGACUGAAAAAUUCCUGAUCGCUUGCAUUUCUGUUGAAAUUAAGCCGAACAACAGUAAAUGUGACCUCACUUUAACACUAUAUUGCAGUUUGAACACUUCUGAAAUAUUGUGAAUUCACAUACCCAAGAUAAAGCAUAUUUACAAGUCUUGCUAAUGGAAAUGAUGUCAGAGACAUAUCGGCGCAGAAUGUUGCCUGGUACUUUCCUUUAAAGGCACGUCCUACCAAGGCUUUUGUACAGUGUCUGGGGUGAAAACCAACCAAGAGAAUGUUAGCUGAAUGUAACUCUUUUUACUGCUUUGGCUACCAGAACAGUGUAGCUUUUUUGGUGCUGCACUUGUCAGAAAUGAAGAACACCAAAGAUGUGAUGGUUUUGCCUAUUUGCAUGUUCUUUGACUUUGGUGUGAGUCUAGUGAUCCAGUGGAAUGAAUUUGAAACAGCUGAGUGAAAGAUACAACAGUCUAGGUUAAGGCAAAUGUGGAAAUUCACAAGUGUCUUGAACAUUUUCGACAGUGUCAUCGCCUGUUUGUGUUGAACUGCUUCCAGAUUUGUUGCUUGGACGCAUUAUGUGACUGUUAAACCUGCCUAGUUUCUUCAGUUGACCUUCUGCAUUUCUGGGUACUAGUAGUUCAUAUGGUGGAUGUUGCAUUUGUAAGGAUCUCUGGGCUCUCUGGUGUCGUUCGGCCAGUAUAGUUGCAAUUUUGUCAAAACAAAGGGUGUCCGCGCUGAAAUGUACAGAUGUGCAUGUUUUGGAUUCUAGUUGUAGAUAUUAAAGGUUUUUCUUGUGUACUGGGUUUAUUUAUUAACUUAAAAAAUUUGUUAUUGGAACAUGCGUUUCUGAAGUGUCUUGAUUUGCACUGCCAGUUUAGUUCUUGCAUCAUGGUACUGCCACAGAUCAGACUGAAAUGCUGCAGGUUUAUCUGUCAUUGAAUGAAUUGAAAUUCGGCUUCGAUGCAAACCUCAGAAAUAUUGAUUUUCAGCACAAAACCUCACAGUUUAUAUCAGUGCCUGCUCACUCAAAAACAGACUGUGAUGAAAACGCAAUUAAUUACACAGAUAUCAACUGGCAAUCCUCUUCUAGACAUUUUAAUAUUCAAAUGUACUCAAAUUUCACUCUGUAUCUCACUGGUUAUAUUUGGUGGUAAAAGAUCAGCAUAAAGAAACCCAAUAAUAAACAGUUUAUCUUGUCUUUGA